CACCAGCCCGCCGCAAGUUCGCAAGUGCAGGUGCCGGGCAGUUCAACACUUUUUUCUCCCUUCUCCUUUUCACAACAACUCUAGACUCCUUCUUCUCUUUUUUUAAUUACUCCGGCAACCUCGGGAUCCUUCUUUAUAAUACUUCCUCAAACUAGACUUCUUUUUCUUCGUACUUAAUCAGUCGUCGGCGAAAGCUUUCCUUCCCGGCGUUUCCCAAAGACUCUACCUCUCGAGUUGUCGCAAGUACACCAAAGCCUCUCUCCACCGCCCUUUGCGCAAAGAAGCCUAAAGACACCACCACAUAACAACCAAACCACGCCCGAACAAACCCGAUCAAGAUGGACGGAGUAGCCAAUGUCAUAACGGUCCUGGGUGAUCGUAUCUCCAACAAUGUCAGGGGCACCUUCGCCAGCAUGACCGCGGAGAAGUGGAUUCGCCUGAUCAUCAUUGUCGGAGCUUAUGCCCUGUUGCGCCCGUACAUCAUCAAGCUCGGCGGAAAGGCGCAGAUGAAGCAACACGAAGAAGAAUCUGCCGAAGCCAUUAGGGGCACCAUCUCCCCCAACGAGCUGCGCGGACAAAAGGCCAUGGUCCGUCUCCCUGGUGAGGACAGCGACUCGGAAGACGACGAGGCGCUAAACGGAGAGACUUCGGCGGCGGACUGGGGCAAGAAGGCCCGCAGGAGACAGCGCAUGGUCAUCAAGAAGCUCAUCGAGGCCGAGGAGGACAGACUGCGGGAGAGCAAGGAGGAAGAGGAGGAUAAGGAUAUCGAGGAGUUCCUACUCAAGGAGUAAAAAAAAAAGAACAGGAAUCGGGUUUGGGUAUGACUGACGUUGGAUGAACUUAUACAUUAAAAAGACGGACGACGACCAACAACACAGAAUAAUCAAAUAAUAAUGCAUUCACGAGACAAGACAAUGGAUGGAG